UCUUUCUCACCAACGCAUAAUUUUUUUUUAAAAUCAGGCAGCGGCAAUCCCGUAAUAACCUGCUCCUUCCUCACUGCUCGCUCUUCAUCCCUCUCCCUUCGCUCAAUCCAAACUCUGCGCUCGUCGCUCUAACCCUAACCCUAACGCUAACCUAAAUCACAGUACAAAGCCCUAACGCCAGCAAUCCGAUCAUGUUUUCUCUUCCUCAUUCCGUCGAGCGAAUGCUCGAAAGGGUCCAGCUUGAGAAAUCGACGGAGCCUGCAGAUUACGGCGCUCGACGGGAUCUGGCGAGGAUCGGGGAGGAUCAAGCUCUUGAGAUCCUCGGGAGAAUCUCUCAAGCCCCAGCGAUUAAGAAAAGCCUCUCUGCGUUCAUCAGUUACAUGGUGAAAAAGUACUGCAAUGAGCCGCGAACCCCCGAGAGGAGGAGGCCGGAGCCUGCUUACUCUCAGGAGAGUGUUAAUUUUUCUGCGCCGUCGACCGUCGAUUUUGGGGGAAGUAGAGCUUCAACCAGUGGUGAAUUGUCGCCGAACAUUGCCUCUCCGAGGCAUACAGCCAUUCAUGUUCCUCCAAGGGUUCCACCCAAUCCCGUGCCUAUCUCCAUUAGUGUUCCUCCCAGUACCCCGCCUCCAAGGGACCCACCCAAUCCCGUGCCUACAGCGAUUCAUGUUCCUCCCAUUACCCUGCCUCUGGGGGGCCCACCCAAUCCCAUGCUCAUUACUAAGCAUCCAGAACAACUGCAUGACGGAGUCAUGCAAGCAUUAGGAGAGCUCGAGUUUAGGAAAGCUUUCUUGAUUUUGAGCUAUGCCGGGAGAAAGAAGGUGAAUGACAUAGUCUCCGUAGAUCUGAUUAUGAAGCUUAAGUCGCUGUCCAUGGCUAAUUUUGAGCAACAACUCUGGGAAAUUGUCAAAAAUAAAGGCUGCAUCCCAGCUUCAGAUAGAAGAAAGAAUCUCAAUUGGGAUUGCCAAAAGACGUACAUCUACCAUUGCCAUAUUGAUUCUGAUGGGAGUAUCCUUUUUAAGGGUCCUUAUCUUGAAGACACAAGCACUCACUUCCAUCGGGUGCUUGGUGAUGAUAAUGUGUUGAUGGUGAAGUUCUCUUCUGGAAACGAUUAUUCCAAUCAUAAGUUUCUUUACCAUAGGAUUGCUGAGGAAGGCAUAAUCAUGGGUCUACGUCGUUAUCGGUUUUUUGUCUUCAAGGAUGGGGGGAAGGAGAAGAGCAAGGAUCCAGCUUCCUCGUCGGUGAAGUGCUAUUUUGUUCGUACGGAAUCCAAGUGGGUUCUGGAUGUGAACAAGCCAUAUAUUCUGACUAAUAAAUCUAUACAGGAAGCACGCAACAUUUUCAUGCAUGUACAUACACUUCCGAGCGUGGAGAAGUACAUGGCCAGGUUUUCACUAAUCUUAUCGAAGACUAUCAACUUGAAACUGGACUUUGCAUCUGUUACUGUUGAGCAAAUUGAAGACAUACCUUGCAUAGAUGAAGAUGGUCGUAAUGUAUUCGAUGAAGAUGGCAAUUUGAUGAUCCAUACUGAUGGGACUGGGUUUAUUUCAGAGGACUUAGCGUACAAAUGUCCUCGAAGAAUCUGGAAAGGACGUUCCAUAACCCCCAGGGAGUUCCAGACAUUUUUGGAUGGGCUUGAAGCUACAGAAACUCUGGAGAGACAUUCAGGCGUAGGACAGUCCCUAGAUAUCGAACCGCCUCUACUUAUGCAGGUUCGCUUGUUUUAUGAUGGCACUGUUGUGAAAGGAACUCUCCUAGUAAAUAAACAGCUCCCUCUACGAACGAUUCAAAUAAGACCUUCUAUGCUCAAGGUUAAUAGAGAUCCUAAUUUCAUGUUGGCUUCGCAUUGCAACUCAUUAGAAGUUGUUGGAACCAGCAAUUUGUCCAAGAAGUCACGCUUGUCUAAAUCGAUAAUUAUGCUGCUUCAUUAUGGAGGAGUCCCCCAAGAGUAUUUUCUUGAACUAACUAGGAAGGCGAUCCUGGAUGCAAAAGAUGCGAAAUUGUCAAGAAAAUCUGCACUUGGAGUUGCAUCUUUGCAUGGAAACAUGGAUGACUUUCUCGUAGCGAGAAUGAUUGCCUGUGGAAUACCACUCCAUGAGCCGUACCUGGAGCAUCAGUUAUCAGUGAUGACUCGGGCAGAAUGGAAUGGCCUUAAGGCAGCAAAAAUUCCUGUGAACGAUUGUUAUUAUUUGAUGGGUACGGCUGACCCUACAGGGACGCUAGAACCUAAUGAAGUUUGUAUCAUACUAGAAAAUGGACAAGUGUCUGGAAAAGUGCUAGUCUUCAAGCACCCAGGUUUGCACUUCGGAGAUGUACACAUUGUAAAUGCUGUGUAUGUCAAGAAUAUGGAAAAGAUCGUGGGGAACGCAAAGUACGCCAUUUUCUUCCCUACAAAAGGGCAAAGGUCCUUGGCUGAUGAGAUGGCAAAUAGUGAUUAUGACGGAGAUCUUUACUGGGUUUCUAGAAACGCACAGUUGAUUGAGCACUUCAAACAGAGCAAACCAUGGAGUUGGACAUGUUCCAAGCCAAAAGAGUCGCGGCCAAGGAGGCCAAUUGACUUUUCUAGCAAUGACUUGGAAAGAGCACUGUUCCAAAAAUUUCUAGACAGUACAUUUGAACAAAGUUAUGCGAUGAGUGAAGCUUCAGAUUCGUGGAUGGCCUACAUGGAUCGGGUAUUGACCGAAUGUGUACCUGAUAUGGAAAAGCAACGAUUACAUGCAAAGCUUCUUAAACUAAUUGAUAUGUACUACCUUGCUCUGGAUGCUCCGAAGAAGGGUUCAACGGUCGAAGUACCAAAGGAUCUUAAGGCAGACAAGUUCCCACAUUACUUAGAAAGGUCAAAUAAACCAUCUUAUCACUCCAUAUCCGUAUUGGGCUCUAUAUAUGACAUGGUGUCUUCAUUUCAACUUCAAGAGGCCCCCAUAGAUGUAGUAGAGCCACUUCCUUGCUUCAGUGAGCAGGCUCCUCAACAUUGCUUGGAUUUGUGGAGCACACUAUACCAUGAGUAUAGGAAAGAUAUGCAAGCGGCUCUCGGAGAAAAGGACGCAAAAUUGAAAAAUUUAGCAGCAGAGCAAGUUACUUUGAAGUAUAAACAGAUGUUAUAUGGAGCCGAGGAGUUUGAAAAGAGCACAAGGAACCGAGAAGAUAUUUUUGCGGAGGCCAUAGCUAUCUAUCAAGUAGUUUAUAAUCAUGUCAACCGUAUGGAGAAAAAGGAAGUUGGUCGUUGUGGAUUUGUAUGGAAAAUUGCUGGUCAUGCUCUGUUUGAGCUACAUGCAAGGAAACAAUCUGAAGAUUCCCCCAUUGUAAUCCAGAAGUCGGUUUUGAAGGAAAUCCUACGUGUAAAUUGUUAAUGUUGUACAUAUGAUCUCACUUUGUUUGAGGGUGAGUGAAAAAUCCACUCGUUUUCAUGUAAUCUGUAAACCAUAUUGAUGUGUUCCGCUCUUACUUUUCUAGAUCAGUUGAAUGAUUCUUGUACAUAGUAGCUUAACAGCAAUAUAAAGUAUUAUUUCUGUUGUUGAAA